AUGACUCUUUUCCUUGGUAUUUACAAGGCAAUCUAUCAAUAUGAGCCGCAAUCGGAAGAAGAGUUGGCUCUUGAGGAAGACGAUCUGCUGUACUUAUUGCAGAAGUCCGACAUCGACGAUUGGUGGUCUGUAAAGAAGCGAGUGAUCGGUUCAGAUGCCGAGGAACCGGUUGGUCUUGUUCCUAAUAACUAUAUUGAACCGGCAGGGGUGACUUCCACCGCAAAAGCGCUAUUUGAUUAUCCCGAGGUACAGAACGCAGACGAAGAAAUCGCGUUCAAUGAAAACGAUAUCUUCGAUAUUUAUGAUUCAAGAGACCCCGACUGGAUUUUGUGCCGCUUGCAGAGAACUGGGGAAUGUGGAUUUGUCCCGGGCAAUUAUAUAGAGGAAAUGUCAGGGAUUGCGUCAGCUGGUGCUGGUAUAGGUGCCGGCGCUGCUACAGUACCCGCAGCGAUUCCAGUGGCGCCACAGACAUCAACGGUUAAUGCCAGUAGCUUUCCUCCCCCUCCUCAGCAUGUUACCAAAACUUCUCAAGCAGUACCACCAGCAAUAUCGACGCCUUCGUUUGAUCAGGACAAUGAAGACUUGGAUUACGCUUCCGCCGAUGAGGAUGACGUGGCUGCACCUCCAAAGCCUACGAGACCUCUGGCUGAUGAGCCUAAAAAUCACUCAUCUACGAUUGACCACUACCAAAACGUUACGAGUGAAGCAACUAAUCAAGAGCCCAGCCAGGAAAGCACUCGCUUCCAAACCUGGGAGAUAUCUGAAGUGGUUGGAAGAAAGAAGCACAAGGCGAAGUUCGCGAUUGGAAGAAACACCAUUUUUUUCACUCCCUCCAAGGGCACUCCUCAACAAUGGCCCAUCGAUGAUCUAAUGACUUAUGAUAACGAAAAGAAGCACAUUUUCUUUGAGUUUUCAAACCCCUAUGUUAACCUUGAAAUUCAUACUGGCUCUACCAGCGUUGCCAAUGAAAUAAUGGCUGUUUUGGGCGAGCUCAAAGGUGCUUAUCAUGCCAGCGGCUUGCGGGAAGUGGAAGCAGCAUCAAAGGCAUCCACUAAAACCUCGCAAACGAAGCAAGGAAAGGUAGUCUACGAUUUUAUCGGCGAGUCAGGCGAUGAGCUGACGGUUAAAGAAGGACAAGUUGUGCAUAUCCUGGAUGACAAGAGGUCACAGGAUUGGUGGAUGUGUGAGCUGCCUGAAACUGGCCGCAAGGGCGUUGUCCCAGCACAAUUCAUCGAACCAAUUAAUCAGCUCUCCUAUAUGGCGAGUUCUCUCAAAGACUUGACGAAGUCCAAUCAGAAGACGUCUAGCAAAAACUGGAAAGACGAUAGCGAUCAAACAGUUUCAAAAAAAAGUUCUGCCAGAAAAAGAGCUUCAUCUAUAUUGCAUGGGAACAAGAAGAAAGACUCUAGCAAGAAGAAGGAAGAAGAUGGUAAAAAGCAAAAAGAGUACCCAGAUUCUAAGAAAACUCGUGUAUGGGUUGAUAGAAGCGGAACGUUCAAAGUUGAAGCUGAAUUUAUAGGCUGUGUGGAAGGUAAGAUUCAUUUGCAUAAAGCAAAUGGAGUCAAAAUUGCUGUAGCUGCCGACAAACUUUGCACGGAGGACUUGGAACGUGUAGAGCAAAUGACCGGCACUUCAUUGGAUAAGUACAAGCCAAAAAGUACAAGUGUCAGCUCUUCUUCUGCAAGAGAUAAAGAACGUGAAAGAAGAAGAAAGGUUAAGGAGCAUGAAGAUCGCGAACGUGAGCGCGCUCAACGAGAUUCAGAUCGGCUGCUACGAGAAAGGGAGCUCGAUGAACUGAGAAGAGCCCGGGACCUCCUCGAUAAAGAAAGAGAACUUCUUCGUGCAGCUCAAGAGAGAGACCUUCCUCCUAUACAACCCCCAAGACCUUCCGCUACUCCCGAACAGACUUCGGCCAAGCCAGCGGCAAAGUCGGUCCCUAAGCCUGUUGAAUAUGAUUGGUUCGAAUUUUUCUUGAACUGCGGAGUUGAUGUUAGCAACUGCCAACGCUAUACCAUCAAUUUUGAACGAGAGCAAAUUUCAGAAGAAAGCUUACCUGAUAUCCAACCUUCUAUUCUGCGAACACUGGGUCUACGUGAAGGUGAUAUCAUUCGCGUUGUGAAAUAUCUCAACCAGAAGUUCGGAAGGGAGACGACUCAACUUCCUACAGCUACCGGAGGGUUGUUCUCCGAACCAGAUGGCUCUCUUAAGGUUUCUCACACUGGUAAGACAGGCGGGCUGUCAGAAAAUCUACUACCUCAACAAGCGGGCCCUUCGGUGGGACAGGAUGAUGACGCUUGGACCGUGAAGCCCGCGGCCACUACUGAAGCAGCGAUGCCACCUCGGAGAUCAGAGUUUACAGGAUCAAUGCAGGACUUACUUGACCUUCAGCCACUAGAACCAAAGAAAGCACCACAACCCAAUUUCAAAGACUUGGAAGCCAUCAAAACUGGUUCGUCCAGGGCUGAAAGCAACUUGGCUCCAGAUAAAACUGGCACUUCGAUGGCACCCCUGGAUCCCUUCAAGACCGGUGGUCAUAAUCUACUGCCUGUAGCUACUGGUGGGUUUGUUAUGGUGCCUGUCAGUACAGGUGGCCUAUUACCAUUCCAGAGAACUGGAGGUUUGCCAUUUCCUCAAACUACUUUUGGAAUGCAACCAACUGGUACGAUUUUGCCUGUACAGAAGACCGGCAGUGGGUUGAUGCCUGUCAACACGGGAGGUCUUGUUCCACAAACAACGUUUGGAUUGCAGGGUUUUUCGAACCCAAUGCCCCUACAGAGAACUGGGAAUACCAUUCCUGCUCAGCAAGCUCAGUAUUCAGGAGCAAUGAUGGGAUUGCAGAGUACUGGUGGACCAAUAUCAAUGCCUCAAACUUCUUUCGGCAUGCAAGCUACGGGAGCCACGCCUUUUUCAACAAAUGGCAAUGUCAUGCCCUUACAAAGAACUGGAGGUAACGCACCUUUUGGACUAGGGAGUGGAGGGUUUCAAUCAGCUCCUCCACAAACCAGUUUUGGAGUGCAAUCCACUGGUGGAUAUGGUGCCACCUUACAACCUGGUUUUUCUAACCACUUGACAGGAGGACCGGCUAUGAUGCCUCAAUCCACUUUUGGAAACCAGAUGACCGGGGGUGCUAACAUAAUGCCUGUCAACUCCUUUGCAAAUCAAUAUACGGGAAGUGUGAACCCUGCUCCCCAACAUCCGUCCACUGAUCCCAAUUCUAUGUUCGGUAACAUGGGGCCACAUACUACUGGCGGCAUGGGAAUCAUGCCCCAAAACAGUUUCAAUAUUCAGCGGACGGGUGGAAUGCACCAACUUCCUCCUCAACCGAAUCAGACCGCUAAUUUUCAACCUCAGUCACAAUUUGGUAUGCACUUGCAAAGAACAGGCGGUGCUUCGUUGCCCCCAAUUUCAUUCAACACUGGGGGUGCUAUGCAACAACAGCAGCCAUUGAGCAAUGUAUUGACGGGCGGCGUUAAUCAACUCAACAACAUGUUCCAGAAUUCUUCCAUCUCCCAGCCAGCGCUUCAAUCUCAGCCUACGGGGUUUGGGUUUGGUAAUGGCCCUCAACCUCAGCAGAGACAGGCCAACUUGUAUAAUGCAAGCACAGACAAUCCUUUUGGAUUCUGA